AUGCAUAAGUUAGAAAGGUAUCAUUGUCCCAUCACUAAAAAAGUUAUAGUUCUUUACCGCGAAGAUAUCAAAACUGCUUUUGGUUAUUCCUUAGUCGGAAUUGCUGCCGUGUUAGGUCUGACCGGAAUAAUUUAUGGCCUUUGA